AUAGGAUAAUGAUUGCAUCAUUACUAUUAUUAUAGUAAAGACGACAUCUUACAAUCUCAGACGCAACGCAUGUGGGCACGCUAAUCCAGAUUCCAGAUUCUGACUUUUUCGCCCAAUUAAUUUAUGUUAUUCCAUUCAAUUCACGCAAAGAUGAUGUUGACAUCCGUUGAACCAAUGUAAUUUGAUUUCAGACUCCAUCAAAAGCUUACAACGGAAUCGAAAAUCGUCGGGUGUGAUCGAAAUUUGACAACCCAUCCGUUCGUUUGUUGAAAUUCUAAUCAAAAUUCCACUACAUUGAGGACAUUCUGGUAACAUAACUGUUCUUUUGGCCGAAUUUUAGCCCCUUUUUUGUUUGGGUCGCAGAUAUUGCUGUAGUUGAGUGAUCAGAUCGACUCAUCGGUAACAGAGGUAGCAGAUAAGUAACCUGUGGACUGUUACAUUGUAGAGACAGUUAUGGGUGCCUCAUUAAUGGAGGCAUUUACAAAGUCUCUUGCAAUGACAAUUCUUUCAGAGAUAGGGGACAAGACCUUUUUCGUCGCUGCUAUCAUGGCAAUGCGGCAUUCAAGAAGAUUGGUCUUAGCUGGAUGCCUUGCUGCUCUUACUGUAAUGACAAUUAUCUCUGUAGUUUUUGGCUGGGCUGCACCAAACUUAUUAUCUCGGAAAUGGACUCAUGUUAUCACAACGAUUUUAUUCUUUGCAUUUGGAUUUUGGUCAUUAUGGGAAGGCCUCACAGAAGGAGGAGAGAGCGAAGAGUUGGCUGAGGUGGAAGCUAAGCUGGUUAAAGAUGAUAUGAAAAAACAGCAGAGACCAUUCUUCACUCAGUUCUUUUCACCAAUUCUUCUCGAGGCAUUUUCCCUGACAUUUUUUGGAGAGUGGGGUGAUAAGAGCCAGAUUGCUACUAUAGGACUGGCUGCAGAUAUAAAUCCGUUUGGUGUAGUUCUCGGCGGUAUUUUAGGGCAGGCUUUGUGUACCACUGCAGCUGUAUUUGGUGGCAAGAGUUUGGCAUCUCGUAUAUCUGAAAAGAUGGUUGCAAUUUCUGGUGGAAUUCUGUUCGUUGUUUUUGGGAUUCAGUGUUUACUAACAAAAGUGGAGAAUCCAUAAGUAUCCACUCAUUUGUGGAUGUUACCAGGGAUGAUGUUUUCUGUCGUUUCCUCUGGUCAUUUCUACCCUUCAGAGUUUAUCUGCUGGAACUGCAAUGCUGCUUUUUCAUGGCUAAUUUUUUCACCGCAUGGGAUGAUUGCCAGGUAGAUUGCUGCAAUUAUUGCAACGUACGUCUUUUGGAAAAAAGCCCUAAAGACUUGUAUUUUUUUCUCUUGGGCAACUCUUCUUCCUUCCAUAAAUUGCCACGGCGUUCAUGUAAUCUGUUCGCAUUGGCGGGGUAAGCAGAUCAUUUGUUGCUUGAGAUUGACGGGAUUCAACAUUUUCCCAGUAAUCAUUGUCUGGGAAUUAUCUACCUUCAAAUUUUGUAAUUCGAAUUAAAACUUUUUCUGUGUGCUUUCAUUCCAUCCGCUGAACAGAUUUACCAUUUUAAAGAAGAUUGCUGAUAACAUUGUAGAAUGGUAUUUACGAAACACUAGAUUUUUUCAGUGUAAUAAAAGUUGGCAAUGGAAAAAUGGCAUACAAAGGCUCUGUUCUGAACUUCUGAGAUGAGCAUGAAAAAUAAUGAAUGCCAAAACCCAUCUUCAAGGUGCUAUUUUUAG